AGUAUAGGGUUUAUUUUCACUUUGCUAGAGCUAUUUGAAUUUGGAAUUCAAACAGCGCGUGCCUGUUUGCAGGGGUGCGCGGACGCCGUUUCCGACCCCGGUGUUUUUUUGAAAAAGGAAUAAUUUUACAGUUGACGGUUAAACGUCGAACUGGAAAGACGUGUGUAUUUUAAGAAUUUAAUAUAUAAUUACUAUUUUAUACUUAUUAUAAGUUGUAGUGUUAGUUUCUAAAGUGCUUUCAAAGUGAAAAAUUAAAUAAAAAUACCAAACAAAUUGGUUAAAACCUAGGUACACAAAAAGUAUUUUAAGAAACAGUUUUAGAUUUUAGUUCUUCGUGUUUAAAAUUAGUUUAAAAAAGUAGUGCUUAACAAAAUUGUUUAAAACCUAGUGUUUAAGUGACUAAGUGUAAGAAAAUCAGUCGAGUCGAACGGUUCCGGUGCAAGAACACCCCUUCAGAAGACAGGAAUCAUGCUAUAACGACUAUUUAAGUACUUAUAAUCAACCCGGGGAAGUACUACGCUUAAAAAAAACAAUGGAUUCACCGAAAAUCGUGUACAAAUAUUAUACAAAUCAGGCGUUUUGUCCACAAAGCGAAUCGGCAUACGCACAGCAAAAAUGCAAAACGAGAAUAGUUUCGCCAGAGAGGCAACGCAUGCCGCCUUUAGGCGCAAACUCUCCAAGGAAGACAGAAGUGAACAACAGAAUUUUAAGGACAGAUAUAUCUGAUAAUCCUUUACGCAUGUCUCCAGCUGGAGCUCCAAGGUACAGAGAUGAUGAGCCGCCAGAACUACCACCAAAACCUGCCAAAUUUCUUAACAGAAGCUUCCAGCGUCAGUCUUCUUUAGUCUACAAACCUACCCGAUCAGUUCGUUGCAGAACAAGAAGUGAGGACCUGGAAAUGGCCCAAUUAAAACAGCAGAGACUAUCUAGAUAUGACAGACGAGCAGACAGUGAUGAUGGACUGGAAGAUAGCAGGACAAAACAUAGGUACGAAGUCAUACAAGAUAUCGACGAUAUAGUUGAUUAUUCGCCUACAAAAAAGCGCAUAGUGCAAGCGAAAGCUGACGAAAUAGAUGAAUACAAUGUCGAUGGACCAGACGAGAACGAACUGAAAGAAAUACCAACGGAAAUUGUCAAAACUGUGAAUGGAAGAACACUGAGAUACGCUAUAAUACCAUCUGAGGAUGAGGAGCCGCGGAAAAUGAAUGUGACGUUCACAUCACCAGUAAUGUCAAAAAAGAAUUUGAUUGCGACGCAAAAGCUUCACGAACUGCUGUCAACGCCUAGGAAAUUAAAGAGCUAUGCCAGCCAGCCUUCAGUUAGAAUAACGCCGAAUAAAUCUGUAGAAAAUAGGUAUUCUGAGACGCCUAGAAAAUUUGCUGCAAGCACUCCUACGCAAGGAGUAACACCGUCUAAGUCCUGUGCUAAUCUGACAUCAAGAACAAGUGUUCCAACUUCUCCUAUCUCCCCGAAAGCUCAGCAGAAACUAAACUACGGUCUGCCUGAACAUCUAGCUGAAAAUCAGCCGUCUUUUGACAGGCACGAUGUCUUCGUGACUAGUUUCAGAGAGAAGAGAGACAGGAGUUUCGAAUUGGAGAGGGAGUUGAGUAGAGAAAAGCGGGAUUAUGACAAGAGAAGAGAAAGUCAGAGAAAGGAUAAAAAUACCGCUGUUAUUAUACCCAGAGUGGCAGCACCACCUUCAGUGUAUUCCGAAGAGACGUACAAAUCGUUUUCAAGCAUUAAAACUAUAUCAGGAGCUACCGCCUCCUUGCUGAUCGCAGCUGUGAUGCUGACCAUGUGUGGAGGAUUGACAACAGGGCUAAGUUUCUACAUGAUGUAUGCUAUUGGCAGGCGCUACUAUUUGGACUUUGGCGUGCUGGCUGGUUUCACGUGUUUCCUUCUAGGACUACUUGGAUUAAGAUCACGAAGGCAACAGUUAUUACCAAAUAGAAAUUAUAUUUCGGGCUACAUCGUGUUAUCUUCAUUCUCACUCCUCAGCGCCUUUGGUCUCCUUAUUCUUCUGUCAGUGGAACCCAAGUCAGGAACGCCAUUAAAUGACAUAACAUCAGGAGCAGUCUGUGGUUUCAGUAUUUUGUCACUAUGCCUCGCGUCUAUUGGUGUUCUAGCUUCAUACUGUUGUGCCAAAGAUCCACCUGAUAAUCGAGUUGGGUCUACUAGGUGGUAUUGAAUUAAUUAUCUGUGGUUAUGGAUUUUUCGACAUGAAGGUCAAGUGUAAAUCUAAUAAGAGAUCAUGGGGCGAUAAACGGUGAUAAUAGAAAGAGACAUGUUUGUACUAUGAACAUAUUUUUAUAUAUCGAUGUUAGCGACACUAUUUUAACUCGUUUUGAUUCGUUAGUCUAAAAUACCCCUAUCUCUAUUCUCUGAAGGAAAAGACUAUACUAAGUAUUGUGCGAGUGCGAACGAGUGCCUAUAUUAAUGUAAAUGACAACAAUCGCCAGAAAACAAAAUUGCUAUGGUGUAUUAUGGAGGCGGUGUGUCUGUAUUUUUUUAUAGUGAUAUUUCGUUAAAUUGUAUUCCAAAUUAGUAUUUUUUUUUAAUAUUUCCUAGAUAUUCGAUUAAUAUAAUUUUAUUGCUUCUGUAUUUGAACUUCAUAUUUGUUUUCUUUAAUUAUUUGGCGAACUAUAAGUACUUAAUUAGAAUAACGAUUACUUAUUACGAAAAUACCAAAGUUGGACAUAAUUUGAGAUUGAUUGUACUUUUUUUUAAUAAUUCUAUAAAUUGUUGUAAAUUUUAAAUAAAU